GGGACCCCCUGCUUAUGCCUAAAGGUACCUCGUACCUGGAGAUCAUAUGCAUAUUCCUCUAGGUUGAUGUCUUCAACAAUACUAACAUGUCUCCGGAACAGCGAUGUAUAUCUACAGAAAACGUGGCAUCGUGGGUCCCAACUGGAAAACCCCCUUCAUCGGCCCUUUCCUCGAGUCCGUGAACCCCGAUUUCGAGAAGUACUACGCCAAAUGGACCAGCGGCCCGCUCAGCUGCGUCUCCGUCUUCCACAAGUUCGUCGUCAUCGCCUCAACGCGCGAUUAUGCCCGAAAGAUCUUCAACGCCCCGGCCUACGUCAAGCCCUGCGUCGUUGACAUCGCAUACAAGCUCCUGAGACCGCAGAACUGGGUGUUCCUGGACGGAAAGGCGCACGUCGACUACCGAAAGGGACUAAACGGUCUAUUUACGCGCCAGGCACUCGAAUCAUACCUUCCCGGACAGGAGGAGGUGUUCGACCACUACUUCGAUGCGUUCAUCCAGACGAGCAAGAAGAACGGCAUGAAGCCGGUCCCCUGGAUGCCGGACUUCCGCGAACUGCUAUGCGCGGUCUCCUGCCGCACCUUCGUGGGCCACUACAUGACUGAAGCCGCCGUGAAAAAGAUCGCGGACGACUUCUACCUCAUCACCGCAGCGCUUGAGCUCGUCAACUUCCCCAUCAUCAUCCCCUUCACGCGCACCUGGUACGGCAAGAAGGCCGCCGACAUGGUGCUCGACGAGUUCGCCAAGUGCUCUGCGAAGAGUAAGGUGCGCAUGGCGGCAGGCGGCGAGCCGAACUGCAUUCUCGACCGCUGGGUGGUGCAGAUGAUCGCGUCAGAGAAAUACCGCGAGCGGCUCGCCGCCGGGGUGGCUCCCGAGGACGCGGGGAAGCCCGACAUCGUGCUGCGAGAGUUCACGGACUUCGAGAUCAGCAUGACGCUGUUGACAUUCUUAUUCGCGUCGCAGGACGCCACCAGCAGUGCGUGCACGUGGAUGUUCCAGAUUAUGGCGGAUCGGCCGGAGUUCCUGGAUAAGAUUCGGGAGGAACAGUUAGCAGUACGCGAUGGGGACAGGAACGCGCGGAUGACGUUGGAUAUGUUGGAUAAGAUGACGUACACGCGAGCGAUCGUGAAGGAGACGUUGAGGUAUCGACCGCCCGUGAUCAUGGUGCCGUACAUGGUGAAGAAAGACUUCAAGCUCAGCGAAGAUUAUACAGUGCCGAAGGGCUCCAUGGUCAUCCCCACCACCUACAUGGCCCUCCACGACCCCGAAGCCUACCCCAACCCGGAAUCCUUCGACCCGGACCGCUGGAUCACCGGUGACGCGGAGAAGCAGACAAAGAACUGGCUGGUCUUCGGCACGGGCCCGCACUACUGCCUCGGACAGCAGUACGCGCAGCUGAACCUGAUGGCGCUGAUCGGGAAGGCGAGUUUGGAGGUUGACUGGAAGCAUGAGAUCACGCCGCUGUCGGAGAAGAUUAAGGUGUUUGCGACGAUUUUCCCGCAGGUUCGUACCGUUCCUUUCCUUGCCUAGAAACAGGCAAUCAUCCCCAUCGGUCGGUGAUGGGUUCUAUGGUGCUAGCAGCUAAUCCGAGAACAGGAUGACUG